AUGAGCGAGAGCGAGGGCGCCGAACCGACCCGCCGCCGCCGCCGUGGCAGUUCGCCGGCGGCGCAGGCCUCCCUGCCGGACGACGACGACAUGCUCCGGGAGAUCCUCCUCCGCCUCCCGCCACAGCCAUCUUCCCUCCCGCGCGCAUCCGCGGUCUGCAAGCGCUGGCGAGGCCUCGUCACCGACCCCAGAUUCCACCGCCAGUUCUAUGCACACCACGGGAAGCCGCCGCUUCUCGGCGUCUUCAAGCAGCACCUGGGCGACGACAACCCGUUCAGACCCAUGUUAGACCCUCCAGACCGCAUUCCUGAGCGCUUCGGCCUGCGACGUCAAAUCGGCACGAGGGCACAUCUGCUCGGGUGCCGCCACGGCCGCGUCCUCCUCAUGGACUUCCCACGGCAUAAGAUUAUUGUGUGCGACCCCAUCACCCGCAAGCACAACCACAUUGACCUUCCACUACUGUUCAGAGGCUCAUACAUGAUAAUCUAUGGGGAUGUGCUCUGCGCCGCCGUCAACCAGGGCCAUGUGCACGGCAGCUGCCAUUCGAGCCCCUUCAAGGUGGUCCUGAUGUUCCUCUCCAGAGGCCAAGACGAUACUACAGCCACCGCUUGUGUAUACUCCUCGGAGACUGGCGCAUGGGGGGACAUCAUCUCAACAACGGAUCCAUGUGAACUUUUCAAAACUAAUCCUGGGAUCCUUGUUGGUAAUGUCCUAUACUGGUCAUCCAAAUCCGUGAAUGUCUUCGAAAUUUAUUUAGGUUUGGAUCACUUCACAGACGACAUAAUUGAGUUCGAUUUGGAUAGGCAGAGCCUAGCUGUGAUCAAGGGGCCUCCGUGUCUUAAUGCCUCCCUCAGACAUCAGAUAAUCCAGGCAGAUAAUGGUUCUCUUGGUCUCGCUAUGUUCUCUCAUGGUAGAUUAGAAAUGUGGCACAGGGAGGUCAAUUGUCAUGGUGGUGUCGCAUGGUUGCUGCAUAAAACCGUUGAAAUGCAUACUGUGCUUCGGCUCCCUCCUCAGGUUGAGGGAUGGAUGAGAAACAUGGUAAUACUGGGGUAUGAUGAGGGAAACGUUGCUGUUUUUGUACAUUUGGACACCAGCGUCUACAUGGUUCAACUUAUCUCAAUGCAGUCCAGGAAACUGCAUGAAUGCAUGGACAUUGCUGGUUCACGACACACAGGUCGUGUGGAUUGA